AUGGAUUUAGCUAGUGCAGUUGGUCCACCUGCUGGGUUGGAUGCUGCACUCAUGUUUGGCUUUGGAGGCACAGAGAGACGGCCUCGAGAAGCACCAAUCGCUCCCUCCCCAUUAUUUCAAACCUCUGAAUGUUCCAUUCCAGUAUCACCUGAAUCUUACAGCAACUCGACCCUCCCCGUGUUCAGCAUACCAGAACCCAAACCUCCUCCACCGCCACAAAAACCGAAGCAUAAGAGAGCAAACAAUAUCCCCGAUGCUCUGGACUGCCUUCUACGUGAUAAAGGUCCCUCUUUAAACGAAAUUCGCCGUGCCCUCAGAGAUAUCGAUAUCAACCUUCGUGUCCAGCCAAAGCUCAGCAGAAUAAUAUUUGAAAACAUAUUGAAAACGCAGCCGAUUUCGAGGCGGACAGUCGCUGAUAUUCAUACUUUCCUUUUGGAUCCAUCGUUGAAUGCUCCUGGCUCGAACAAUUAUACGGCGUUGAUGGAAUACUUGACCAUAGAAAGGUUUCCUCUUUCAAUCGUGAUCCAACACCUCGAUCAGCUAAGAGUGGGUUUCAGCCUCGGAACUAUACCUCUUGACGAAGUUGAGAGUAUUAUUAAUAAUCUACGGCAUAUCAAUGGCCCUGGGGGUAUAUUGGCAUUGUCCAAUCCCGAGUUUCUGGCAACUGUAUACACAGAGCUUUGGCUUGGCUUAUUGGAAUGCUCUGUACUAAGGGUCAGUGACCUUGGGGCUUCAACCCUUAAGCUGUGGCUAGACAUAGUGGUGAGCCUUCCGGCAGGAACGGAGACAGUCGCGCUGUGUAACCAUAUUAUUCAUACAGUCAGGAAAAUGGGACUAUUAGACCGACAUAUGAUCUCUAGGGUCAUUCUAUACAUUCUUAAAUACACCGCUGAGGACCAAGGUUUACCCAGGGAAGAUGGUUGGGCGAAACGAAAAAUAUUGCGCUACCGUCUACAGGAUAUUUCAAAUACGCUACGGUAUUCAUCCGGCACAGUUGCAAUUUCCAGCAUAUUUGACACUACAGAAUCUUUGAUAUACUCUCCCAGAUAUGAUUCGAACCGUUCUCAGCUAUUGUUGAUCUGGUCGUGGAUGUUGCAGCGCUUGCUCGGAGUUCGUGACCUGCUUUCCUCAGAGGCAUGGAUGGGGUUUCCUCCUAGCCCGUCAAGUUCCCCAUCACUGGAUCAGCCCAAUAAACGCCUUUCUUCGGAGGAAGUUUGUUUUGUGCGAAUGUGGUUGUUGUGGACUAUAGGCCGUCGCACAAAAGAAUACUUUGAGAUUGACAGCCAACGAAUGGACCUGUUCGAAAAGUAUCUUGCUUUAAUGAAAAAGUUCUCAGGAUUACAGGAAAAGGGUCGUCUAUUGGCAAAAUUUGACACUCUUAUGGCAUUCUUCGAGGAAUUAGGUCUCCCAUACACCAACCACGUUCUUGUGGCUGCAGUUAGGUCAAAGUAUAUGAAAUUGAUGGGUAUAACGGGGCCCUUGCCGCAGGCUAUGAUAACGACGAUAAACAGUCUUGACUCUGGUGCUCUGCACAAACCGGAGUUAAUUUGGGCGUAUGGAAAAGGGAUAUCAGUCAAAGGCUUGGGCAACGCGUUAUUUGAGCAAGCUGCACUGGAGACGGAUAUCACUGAUCCACACUUUGUGCACCGUUUGCUGCUUUACACGGAAAAUGACUGGAUCCAUCACCGAGGGUUACUUCUUAGACUUCUCGAGAAUCACAUUCCGCUCAGAUAUGCCUUGCAAAAAUUGCGGCGGUCACCGCCUGGUAAAGGAGUAGUGAAAGCUACGCAAUAUUUGCCAGGUGGAGUGCCCAUCCUCGACCCACAAGCCUGUCUUAAUACGAUAACUUUCCUUGCGUUGGUUUUUGCUGUUAUACCCGCAUCUGAUCGAGUGGCUUGGAGGUUGACUUAUCGGUGCUGUAAACUUCUGCGGACCCAGAAUGCACCUAUAUUGCCUGCCAUGUGUCGGGCCCUGUAUCAUGCUGGUAUACAGAGAUACGUUAACUCUGGCAGCAAAGUUCCAUAUGAAAGGCGAAAGUAUAUCAUGGAUAUUGUGGAGGAGGUUCAAGGACCUCAGGCGGCGAGUAGGCUAGGGACUUAA